GAACAGGAGGCUAACUCUGGAGGACCCCAUUGUUUCUGUGUGAGGACUGACCCCCAGAACAUUGCCUGAGCUCUGACCCAUCAGUAUGGGGAGGAUUGGCAUCUCCUGUCUUUUCCCUGCUUCCUGGCAUUUUAGCAUCUCUCCAGCAGGGUGUCCUCGAAUUCUGAAUACCAGUUUACGCCAGAUUAUUGUAAUUAGCAUUCUGGCUGCUGCUGUUUCACUUUUAUACUUUUCUGUUGUCAUAAUCCGAAAUAAGUAUGGGCGGCUAUCCAGAGACAAGAAGUUUCAAAGGUACUUGGCACGAGUUACUGACAUUGAAGCUACAGACACCGAUAACCCCAAUGUGAACUAUGGCAUCGUGGUGGACUGUGGUAGCAGUGGGUCUCGAAUAUUCGUCUAUUGCUGGCCGAGGCAUAAUGGCAAUCCUCAUGAUCUGUUGGAUAUCAGACAAAUGAGGGAUAAGAACCGAAAGCCGGUAGUUAUGAAAAUAAAACCUGGCAUUUCAGAAUUUGCUACCUCUCCGGAGAAAGUCAGUGAUUACAUUUCUCCGCUCUUGAACUUUGCUGCAGAGCAUGUGCCACGGGCAAAGCACAAAGAGACCCCUCUCUACAUUCUCUGCACAGCUGGAAUGAGAAUCCUUCCCGAAAGCCAGCAGAGAGCCAUCCUGGAAGACCUCCUGACUGACAUCCCCGUGCACUUCGACUUCCUGUUUUCUGACUCUCAUGCAGAAGUAAUUUCAGGGAAACAAGAAGGUGUGUAUGCGUGGAUCGGCAUUAACUUUGUCCUUGGACGGUUUGAGCAUAUUGAAGAUGAUGAUGAGGCAGUUGUGGAAGUUAACAUUCCCGGCAGUGAAAGCAGCCAAGCCAUUCUCCGUAAAAGAACGGCUGGUAUUCUCGACAUGGGAGGCGUGUCCACUCAGAUAGCGUAUGAAGUCCCCAAAACUGUAAGCUUUGCCUCCUCACAGCAGGAAGAAGUAGCUAAGAACUUGUUAGCUGAAUUUAACUUGGGAUGUGAUGUUCACCAAACUGAGCAUGUGUACCGAGUCUACGUGGCCACAUUUCUUGGGUUUGGUGGCAAUGCUGCGCGACAGAGAUAUGAAGACAGAAUAUUUGCCAACACCAUUCAAAAGAACAGGCUCCUGGGAAAACAGACUGGUCUGACUCCUGACACUCCGUACCUGGACCCCUGCUUACCCCUAGACAUUAAAGAUGAAAUUCAGCAAAAUGGACAGACUGUGUACCUACGGGGAACAGGAGACUUUGACCUGUGUCGAGAGACUAUCCAGCCUUUCAUGAAUAAAACAAACGAGACUCAGACUUCCCUCAAUGGGGUCUAUCAGCCCCCAAUUCACUUCCAGAACAGUGAAUUCUAUGGCUUUUCUGAAUUCUACUAUUGCACUGAGGAUGUGUUACGAAUGGGAGGAGACUAUAAUGCUGCUACAUUUACUAAAGCUGCAAAGGAUUAUUGUGCAACAAAGUGGUCCAUCUUGAGGGAGCGCUUUGACCGAGGGCUGUAUGCCUCGCACGCUGACCUCCAUAGGCUGAAGUAUCAGUGCUUCAAAUCUGCCUGGAUGUUCGAGGUGUUUCAUAGGGGCUUUUCGUUUCCUGUCAGCUAUAGAAAUUUAAAGACAGCCUUGCAAGUUUAUGACAAGGAGGUUCAGUGGACUCUCGGAGCAAUCCUUUACAGGACCCGCUUUUUACCCUUAAGAGAUAUCCAGCAGGAGACCUUCCGGGCCAGUCACGCUCACUGGCGGGGCUUCUCCUUUGUCUACAAUCACUACCUGUUCUCGGGCUGCUUCCUGGUGGUCCUGCUCUCCAUCCUCCUCUACCUGCUGCGGCUCCGGCGCAUCCACCGCAGGACACUCCGCGGUGGUUCUGCCGCCACCCUCUGGCUGGAGGAAGGCCUUGCGUCCCAGAAGAUUGCUGGUACCUUAUGAGCUGGAGUUGGAGAGCCCGGGGAAGUCUUGCUAAAGGAAAAGCCAUUUUUGCCUCAGGGUUUCUCCUCUGUAUUCUCAUUUGGUUUUGUUUUUCCUUUCCCUUUUUGUUCCUUGAAACAAAAACACAAUCGGUAGUUUGUAAGCUCUGCUGUCCUAGAAGUAUUGCCUUUAGCCGUUUUGUAUACAGCUUUAAAAUGAGUAGUAGGGAAAGGGAAAAUCACUUCAUUUUUGCUGCAUAGGAUAUCUGCCAAAAAUGACUAAG